AUGAUCUCUCAAGGUGCGCCUAGGGCUUUCUUUCCUUCUCCCUCGGCGGGCGACGGGUACGCACGCGCGCUCGUGGCAGGUGCACCGAAACUCCUCCGCCCUGCUUUUGGAGCUGAAUUUCGAAGAUUUUCUCUGGAAAGAUUGAAACCUGGAAAGUUUGAGGAGUUCUAUGGAUUAUUGCAGCAUGUGCACAAGAUCCCCAAUGUUGAAGUUUUAGUUGGAUAUAUAGAUAUUCAUGGAGAUCUGCUGCCUAUCAACAAUGAUGACAAUUAUCAUAAAGCAGUUUCCACAGCCAAUCCUCUGCUCAGGGUUUUCAUUCAAAGAAAAGAAGAUGCAGACUAUAGUGCCUUUGGUACGGUUACCAUGACAAGGAAGAAGAAUGUUUUAUCAAAUGUUUUGCGUCCAGAUAACCAUAGAAAGAAACCACAUGUUGUCAUUAGCAUGCCACGAGACUUCAGACCAGUGUCAUCUAUUAUAGAUGUGGAUAUUCUCCCAGAAACCCACCGCAGGGUGCGACUUUACAAAUAUGGAACUGACAAACCACUUGGAUUCUAUAUACGAGAUGGCUCUAGUGUCAGAGUGACACCACAUGGGUUGGAGAAAGUACCUGGGAUUUUCAUAUCCAGGCUUGUUCCUGGAGGCCUGGCUCAAAGCACAGGCUUACUGGCUGUUAAUGAUGAAGUACUGGAGGUAAAUGGCAUAGAAGUCUCGGGGAAGAGCCUUGAUCAGGUUACAGACAUGAUGAUUGCAAAUAGCCGUAACCUGAUCAUUACAGUGAGACCAGCAAAUCAGAGAAAUAAUAUUGUUAGACACAGUAGGACUUCUGGGAGUUCAGGUCAGUCUACUGAUACUAGCCUUCCAGGUUACACACCACAUAUUGUGCAGAAUUUCCAUCCAGAAGAAGACGACGACGACAGUGAUGAAGAUGAUAUUAUUAUUGAAGAUAAUGGUGAGCCCCAGCAGAUUCCAAAAGCUGUCCCUACCAGUGAAAGUCUGGAAUCAUUAACUCACAUUGAACUUGUUCAUGAGUCAACACAAAAUGGUUUCAUUCCUUCCAGUGAAGUAAACUUACAUCAUUCAGCAGGCAACAUUAACAUGGAAUAUGAAAUACAAGAUCCAGGCAAAAAGUCCUUAGAAGAUGGAACAAUUAUAACAUUAUGAAACUGCCUCACUGGUGUAUUUUAUAUUAACUGAAGAUGCCAUAAAUUUUAAUUUGGCUUAAUAUAUAUAAUGCAAUUUAUACCUCUCAAUCCUUAAGACCUGCAAACAAAUGAAAGGAGCAACAGUAAAUGCAAGAAGCUUAGAAUUAUGUGGACUGAUGGAUGUCAAUUUCAUAAUUCUAUAAUUCCAUGUAAAUAUUUUGUAAAGGUAAAAUGUAGAUGUAACUGUGAAUCUGUCCUCGCUGUGAUGGGACUGAGGUAAAAUGAAGGAUGGUUGAGAGAUAUUGAUUGCAUGUUUACUUCUAGAGAUACAUAUAUUACGAUGAGAGGUUAAUCAGAUUCUGAAGCUGCAUGUCUAAUCUGAAUUUAUGGUCAUCAGAGUUUACUCCUUAAUGACACAAUUAUUUUAAAAUUUUAACAUGAAAGACUUACUACUUUUUCUGGUAUCUUGAGGAACAGUUCUCUUCUCUUAGUUUACAGUAUUUUAUAAGAUUAUCGCUUAUGGGCAGGCUUUAGUGAUAAGUGUAGUAAAUUACAUUAUGUAAAUAUCUAAAUAAAUCUAAUACAAAAUUAAUAGAAUGAAGAAAAAAUACAUGAUCAUUUUUUGGAGCAUGAAAUAAGCAUGUUGCUAUAUAAAGAUAAUUCCAAAUGAGAGGAAAGAGUUACUUGAAGUUAAUACAGAACUGUUUAAUGAUUAUCAACUAUUAAAACACUCUAAUUUUUUUUAUUAUCCAGCACAGGUUGGAGCAAUUUAAAUCACUUGAUAGUUUUACAAAGACUAAAACUUUAAAAAAAUCAAAUUUGUGCCAUUACAACUUCAGAAUUUAUAAUGAGCUAAAUUAUAAAUGCUGAUUUAUAUGGCACCCCUAAUAGGAUAUCUUAUUUGUCUAUUUCAAAACUGCUAUAGACAAAUAUUGAAAACUAAAAUCUUGAUGCUGCAAACAUUUAAACAGGAGUAUAAAUUGACUCAUGAAUAGCAGAACAGUUCAUUGACUUCAGUAGAAUUAUUCAUGUGCUUUGUUUGUAGCAUCAAGGGCUAAAAUUGUAUUUGUAUUAAGAAAUAAGUUUGACAUGAAAUCAUUGUAAUCAAAACAAAUUAGUUCACUUCUAAUAAUGAAAAUCUAUUAACUUAAUACAUACACAGUUGUCCUUUUAUACACAAGCUAAUUUUUUGAAAAGUAGCCUUCUAAAGGUGGAAUUUUCCGGUGACCCUAAAGUACUUAGGCUCCUAAAUCCUUCAAACUGCAAGCUUUGAUGGAAUAUAGCCCACCUGAAGUACUUCAGACUUGUGAAAUUCAGUGUAAUGGAAAAUGGUGUUGGCAAAUGUAGCCUGAGCUAUUUUGCUUAUUAUGUUUGUAUUUAUCUUAGUAAGGAUGUAGCUUCUUAGCAGAACAAAUUUCUAUGUAAAAUGUGAAAUUCUACCUUUAGGUUCUUCCCAGCUCGAAUAUCUAAGAUUUCUAAGAAACAAGAACAAAACAUUCUUUUAACAGUUUGACUUUAUAUGGGAAUAAAAGUGAGAACUAGCAACAGUUGCUCCUUGGGAAAUUCCGACCCUUCCCAAUUAAAAAAAAAAAAAGCAAAAUAUUUUAAAAUUCUGCGUCUCAUAGUAUCAGCACAAUGUAAUCAUCCCAGUUUCAAUUAUUUUGGUAAAUGAUUUCAAAAUACCAGUCAACAAGUAUGUCUCUAACACAUAUAGACAAAAAAAUUCAAGACCGAUUUCGACAGAUUAUUUAUUAAGCAUGUGAAUAUGCAACUUUGAAUAACAGUUCAUAUAAAAUAAAAUAAACCUAUUUCCACACCUCUCAGCAAUAGUGCAAAGGCUUGGGAGAGACAGUAGUAUUGGAAGAACUGAGGGGAGUAAUUGCUGGGAAUGAACCUGGAGGGCUGUUACUUGUGGUGGGAGAAAUAUGGAACAGGGUUUGGUUGGUUGGUUUUGGGGUUGGGGUUGAGGAGAGGGCUUUUUAGGAAGUCUCCCUCAUGCAGACCUUUGACCCUGACCCCUCCUUACCUCUUCCAUUUAGUCAGUCACAUCUGCUCCUGUCUGUGACCCUGCACCACCCACAACCCAUUCAGCCAAGCAUAGUUCCCUUGCACCUUAACUCAACCAGGCAUAGCUCCUCUGUCUCCAUGUGCCCCGGCAUUCCCCACUCCACAUUCAGCCAGUCAUAGCUGUUCCGCCUCCUUGUGUGUCAGCACCUACGCUCAGCCACUUUCCCAGCUCCAUGUAGCCCAGCAUUCCCACUCCCAUUUAUCCCCUCCCAUCUAUCACCCACCCCCUAACUCCUGUGCCCUGCACUGCCCAUCCCGAAAUCCUAAGCCUCACAGGGCACUGCCAGUAGGAGGCCAGCCGCUUGGCCCAUGAGCCUGCUGCCCUCACUUUUUGCGCUGCCUUGUGAGCGAAAGAUGUAAUUACGGUUUCCUUUCUCUUUCCUGUCCGAUUCUACAGUGGUGGGGGAGGAGAGGGAUCUGCUGAGGAUAUCAAGUGCAGAAUUCACCCAGGAAUAAAUAUGUAAAUUUAAAAACUGAUUUUUAAAAACUUAUUUAUUCAUGCUCUGUUCCUUUAUUUAUGAUGUCUUUCUUUAAAACUAGGUUUAGGUUUUUAUUCCCUCAACAAUGUACCCCCUUUCCUUUCUCAAGUGAGGACCUCUUUCCUUUAUCGUGUUUGUGUGCAUUUACAUUCCUUUUAUUUACUUGAAUGUACUGCGAGUAAUCAAAGCAAUAAAAUGUACUUGGAUUAAGAGAAGAGAAUGAAAUCCACAGAUGAAUGUGAACUACUAGCACAUUUGUGUAGAGGUGUAUUGCUUUCAUGUAUUGCUUUCAUUUAGUGGAAUUGUUUUAUGGAUCUAAUAUGGUACUUUAAUGUCGCAACUUGGAUGUAAGAUAAGCUAUUAACUUACAUGUGAGUCUGGCACCUGAAAAUGCUAACAUUACAAAAUAUUAAUUUAUUGCUUAAAUACAAACACUUCAAGGUAGUAUGCUGCUAAACUUUUGUCCAAUGCCUAAUUUUGAGGGUUUUUUUUUUACUCACAGCAUAUAUUUUUUUAUAUAUACCGGUACUAAGAACUUAAGGAAAUUCAGGGCAUAGAGUGUAUAAUUGCUCAUGAAUUUGUCAUGAAAGAUUUAAAAAUUAAAAUAACAGACUGCACAAUAUGUAAUCACAUAACACUGCAGUUACCAUGAGAGAGUUCCAAAAUUGUUUAUUUUCAUCAUACCACACUACAAGUUACUAAAUAUUUUAAAAAUCACUAUUCCAGGAUAAUCAACUGAAAUAAAUGGCUACAUUUAACUUUAAAUAUUAAAUGGUACUGGGUUCAGUCUAAUACUAUACCUAUGUUAGCCUUUUAUACACUACCUCUUAAAGUUUUUUUUUUUUUUUAAACAGUUAACAUCUUUCAAAAUUUCUCCCUGUGGGGGGGAGAAAAAAUUCAAGGCUUGGAUCUUUUAGUGAUUUUUAACUAUGAAGUCUAAAAUUAUGCAUGAAAAUAUCAAGCUGCUGUCAACACACACUCUUUAUGUAGUCAGUAUCCUCAUGCAUAUGAAAUGUAUUUUAAUCCAGAUUUUAUAAACUAAUUUAUAUCCAAAUUAUUUCUAAAUGCAGUGGAAUAUCAAAAUUCUUUUGAAUAGUGUUAUUUGGAUGUGUACAUACACAAUAAAAGCAAGCUGUCCCUCUUUUCUGCAGGCUUCUGAAAACAGAUUAGCCUUUUAAGUGCACCUUAUUAGAAAAGAGGAAAUGUUGAUGGAAUUAAGAUACAUUCACUUUGGAUUGCUGUUAUGGAAUCAGUAAAAGUUAAGCUUACCUGAAUCAUAUGUUCUUCCACAGCUUCAGUAAACUUAGGACAAUGUCAUCAUGAGCUGUCUGCAACAUGUACUUUUGUGAAUAUUCUGUAUUUUAUAAUUAAAUUUUACUUGCAAUGUGAUUUUUACACAAAUGAAAACUUGUUUAAAAUGUCAAAUAUCAGUAUUUUUCUUACAACUUUAAUGUAUAAUGUACAUUGAUAUUACUAAAUGAACUUUGAUUUUAUAAAAUCAAAUUAGCUCUAGCUGUAUAUUAGUCUUAUAUUUUUACAAACUGGAAUA